AGAGAGAGGAUAGGACAAGGAAGGGAGAGACCUGAAGAGCCAUCUCAGAAGAAACAGCUCGAACGCCCCAUAUUCCGAACGAAGGCAGCACCAUGGACACUAAAGGCUCAUUUUCCUGUGGUUUCCUCUUGCUGCUUCUCAUCCAGCUCCAGGCCAGCAGAGCCAACCCCAUCUACAGCCUCAGCCCCGCCAAAGAACUGGCCAGCAUGGAGGCUCUGCUGGAGCGACUGGAGGAUAAGUUUGCACUGAUUGAAGCCCUGGAGUCCAAUCCUGACCUGCAAGAGCCCAAAACCCAGGAGGAGAUCCCACCAGAACUCAUAGAUGACAGUGAUGACCAGAAGGCUGAGUCCAAGCUUGCACCCAACACCCCUCUGUCCUACAGGGACCCCUUCCUCAAGAGACUGAGGGGGAUGCAGAUGCCCAGGAUGAUGAGAGAUUCUGGCUGCUUCGGGAGGAGAAUUGAUAGAAUUGGCUCCCUGAGUGGAAUGGGAUGCAAUGGUUCCAGGAAGAACUAGGACAGCUUCCCUACCUGUGCUCUGAAGAAUGCUUUACAGUACCUGUUCCUCCCAAGAUGAAAGCCAGAUGCUUCCUAAACUCCUCAACAGAAAGCUAUUCCUAUUUUUAUUUAUUUAUUUAUUUAUUUAUUUGAUUUUUUUAAAGAACAUUUCUUACUCUAGCACCAAGAGACCAUCUUUAAAUAAAACUAACACAUCAGACAUCUAUGCUGGA